AUGGCAUCCGAGAAGACGGUGGGAGUUUUGGGCGGGGGACAGUUGGGGAGAAUGCUGGUGGAGGCGGCGAAUUUGCUGGAGAUUCGAGUGAAUUUCCUUGACGCACCCGGCUCGAGCGCGAAGCAGGUCUCGGCGCACGAAGGUCACGUCGAUGGCUCGUUUAAGAGACGUGAGGCUAUUCAAGAGCUGGCCAACCGAUCCGACGUCGUUACAGUUGAGAUCGAGCAUGUUGACACAUACAUGUUGGAGGAGAUCGCCAACGAAGGCCACGAUGUACAGCCAUCGUGGAAGACAAUUCGCACUAUUCAGGACAAAUACGACCAAAAGUGGCACCUGAAGAAGUUUGGAGUGGCUACAACUGAGAGCUUGGCGCUGGAAGAGAAUACGGUCAAGCAGUUGGAGAAGAUCAGUGGCGAACUGGGCCUCCCUCUCAUGCUUAAAUCGAAGAAGGACGCCUACGACGGACGGGGAAACUAUGCCAUCAAGACCAAGACCGACUUCAAGCCUGCUUUGGAUGUGUUGGGUGCCAAAGGAGAGCUGUAUGCCGAGAAAUGGGCGAACUUCAGGAUGGAGCUGGCCGUGAUGGUGGUCAAGACGAAGGACGGGGUGUUCUCUUUCCCGACUGUCGAGACUCUCCACGAAGACAGCAUCUGCAAGCUCACCUACGCCCCAGCGAGAGGCGUCAGCAAGGAGAUCAACAAGAAAGCACAGGAGCUGGCAAAGCAGGCAGUCUCCUGCUUCUGGGGUAAAGGUGUGUUUGGGGUGGAGAUGUUCCUGCUCAUGAACGACGAACUCCUCAUCAAUGAGAUUGCACCACGACCACACAACUCCGGCCACUACACCAUCGAAGGCUGUCCGAUCUCGCAAUACGAAGCCCAUCUCCGCGCUAUCCUCGAUCUGCCUCUCGCCCAAGAAGACCUCGAACUCCGCGAACCCAGCAUCAUGCUGAAUAUCCUUGGUGGCGAAGCACCAGACUCACACCUUCUCGUUGCCCGAAAAGCCCUCGAGCAACGACGAACCAAGAUCCACCUCUACGGCAAGGGAGAGGCUCGCAAAGGUCGCAAGAUGGGUCACAUCACGGUCUGCGCGCCCACCAUGUCCCAAGCCGAACGCCUCAUCCAACCCAUGAUCGACUUCGUGGACCGCGACAAGCCCAAACCAUCCUUCACCCUCUCCCGCACCACCUCGACCACCACCUCCAACACAACCAACACCCCAGCCGAACCCACCGCCCAGACCCCCGAACCUCUCGUCGCCGUCAUCAUGGGCUCCGACUCGGACCUCCCCGUCCUCCAACCCGGCCUCGAAAUGCUCAAAAAGUUCUCCAUCCCCUUCACCGUCCGCAUCACCUCCGCCCACCGCACUCCCAACUGGAUGGCCGAAUUCGCAUCCACCGCCCCAACGACCUACCCCUCCCUCCGCGCCAUCAUCGCCGCAGCCGGCGGCGCAGCCCACCUCCCCGGCAUGGCAGCCGCCUACACCCCUCUCCCGGUCAUCGGCGUCCCCGUCAAACCCUCCAUCGGCGACGGUAUGGACUCCCUCCUCAGCAUCUGCAACAUGCCGCGCGGCGUGCCCGUCGCAACAGUCUCGAUCAACAACUCCGUCAACGCGGCCCUCCUCGCGACGAGGAUCAUCGGCUCGAGCGAUGUCGAAAUCCGAGGCAAAUACGAGCAGUACAUGCAAGACUCGAUGAACGAAGUGCGAGGCAAGGAUGAGACGUUGGCGCGGAUGGGAUAUGAGCAGUAUGCGGUGGAGUUUCUGAGUAAGAAGUAG